AGUUCUGAAAACAAUUAAGUCUUUCACAUUCCUGUUGGGUGACUUUAUGCCACUCCUGGAGCAGAAAUUCAAGCAGGUCGUCUUUGUUUGAUGGCUUGCGGCCAUCCAUAUUCCUCUUGAUCACAUUCCAGUUUCGGGUUUCAAUGGUUGGUCGGGAGGUUGGGCUGGCCAUGACAUGAUCUUAAUCUGGUGGUCCUUCAUCCACACAUUGAUUGACCUGUCUGUGUGGCAUGAGCAUUGUCCUGCUGGAAAAACCAAUCCUCACAGUUGGGGAGCAUUGUCAGAGCAGAAGGAAGCAAGUUUUCUCCCAGGAUAAACUUGUUCGUCUUGAUGCGUCCUUCACAAAGACAAAUCUGCCCGAUUCCAGCCUUGCCCCCCGUUGCUGCGAGCCUUCGUUACUCACUAUAAGGAGCGUUAAGACGAGGAAACAAUGAUACUUGGAUGAUAUAUUUUGAAAUAGCAUUGAAGUCUCUGUAGUUACUAGGUCUUGGCAUCUAAUGGACGGAUAGCUAGAUAGACGGACUGGUGAAUGGACUCAACGUGGUAGUUAACGUGUGAUAGGUCCGGUGUGCUGAACGGGUUCAGUCCGAUCUGUGCAGGUCUAAGAUGAGAAACAUCUUGUGUCCCUCUGGGUCGACCCAACCUCAACGGGUGUCCUGGCUGCAGCUCGUGUUGUUGCUACGACUCUGGACCUGUUUACAAGCUCAGCUAUUAAAAACCACACGUUGGCCUCUUUAUUCAGGCAAGCCUUUACUGUUGGCCUGGAACGCCCCUACAGAAGACUGCAGACCUCGACAUGAAAUCAUCUUCCAGCUUGACCAGUUCCAGAUAGUGGCGUCACCAAAUGAGGGCUUCACGAAGCAAAAUCUCACCAUCUUCUACAAUGACCGUUUAGGUCGGUACCCGUAUUACGGGCCGGGCAGUACUGCUGUCAAUGGUGGGCUACCGCAGGCUGCUAGUCUCAUGCAACACCUGGAGAAGAUGCCAGAAGGUCUCCAGAAGUAUAUCAAAGACCCUACUGCCAAAGGUCUCGCUGUGAUCGACUGGGAAGAGUGGCGGCCACUCUGGAUACGUAACUGGGGCACUAAAGACAUUUAUCGAGAACGUUCAAAGCAGUCAGUCUCUGAGAAGAACCCAACUUGGUCUAAAGAGCAGGUGGCCAAAGUUGCCCAGCAAGAGUUUGAGCUCUCUGCUCAUAAAUUCAUGUUGGAGACUCUCAGAUUGGCCAAAAGCUUAAGACCCAACCAGCUUUGGGGGUUCUACUUGUUUCCUGACUGUUAUAACCACAAUUACCAAAAUAACCUAGAGAACUACACAGGACAUUGUCCGGUUGUAGAGAUGACACGGAACGACCAGCUAAAGUGGCUUUGGAUGGAGAGUAUGGCUCUUUUUCCUUCUAUAUAUAUGGUCAAAUUGCUAAAGGACAAGCAGUCCGGACGGCAGUUUGUACGGAACCGGGUCAAGGAAGGGAUGAGGUUGGCAUCUGUUGGGGACGGGCCGGCCAGGCCUGUGUUUGUCUACACACGGCCCACUUAUGGAAGUGCUAGUCCAACCUCUAAUGCUGAACUCUUGAUGCUGUCAGAGAUGGAUCUGGUAUCUACUAUUGGCGAGAGCGUGGCGUUGGGCGUAGCUGGUGUUAUUCUCUGGGGUGACUCCACCUAUGCAAGCAGUUAUGCGAGCUGUUCUAAUCUUAACAAAUACCUGGGAGGGCCGUUGGGUCGAUACCUGCUUAACGUAACGUCCGCCGCUGAGCAGUGCAGUCGGAAUCUCUGUGAAUUUCAUGGACGCUGUCUUCGCAAACAACCGGACACGGAUACGUACUUGCACCUCAGUCCAAACACCCACAGCAUAGAGCGCCAUGGCAACACUUUGAAGGUCAUAGGCCAGAUGGGAGCUGAAGAACUCAACCAGUUAAAAGAGGACUUCCAAUGUCAGUGCUACAACGGGUUUAUGGGGGACCGCUGUAGCCAGGGGGAACCUGGGAACAGAGGUAUAGUGCUCUGGACCACCUGGUUGCAAGUUCUGCUGCUACCGCUGGUGAUGAUGGGGUUUCUCCACUGAGGCGAGGGAGAGUUUGGUGAAACCACUCUUAAGAAGGAUAUGCCAGACCUUCUCUGAAAAAGAGGUCUUGCGAUGAGGUCAACGGCAGGAAGCAGUCUCUCGUUCGCUAGUUUUCGGAGAAGGGGAGAAACAGAGAAGUGGAAACCACAAAAGCCAACUUUGGGGAACUAUAUCUUCAGCUUAAUAGUGGCCCCUUUUGGGUUUGUUCAAAUAGAUCGCCCCCUUCUGCACGGGAGGCUGAACUGCAGGCGGACAGAAUUCUGUUUUUGCUAGUAAAUGUUUUGCGUGUGAAUGAAACCUUAUUUGUUUGAGUGCCUUUUUCUUUCAAAGUUUGAUGUGCUGUAUCUUCAAGUCUUUUUUGGAUUCUUUUUAUCCUCGUAAGACCUUAUUUCUGCUGUUUCACAUGACCAGCUCUUUAAAAGGGAAAAAUUGUGUUACUGUAACGCUGGUGUCUCGUUAAAACUUUGUUGAGUGAAUCUCACGAAAACUGUCAAAAAUGUGUCUCGGUCAUGUGGGCAUUUUGCUUUUGCUGAUUAUUGUCCAUGGUUUCUACUGAGCCCCUUAGAGGACUGUGAGGAAAUUUAUUUUAUGAAAUAGUUUGUGUUCUCUCGCAAUUAUUUGGGGUUCCUUCACAAUAACUUUUGCGUUCCCUUGCGAUAUUUGUAGUUCCCUCACAAUUAUUUGGGGUUCCCUCAAAAUAGUUUCUGUUACCUCACAAUAAGGGUGUGUUCACACAGUUCAGUUCUCUUGGUUCUCUUGGUCCGGACCAAAAAAGAAAAUGAUAAAUUUAGUCCUGGUUCGCUUAGCGUUCACACUGGUAUUUUAACACUGAACCUAAAGAUACAAAACAAAAGACAUAAGGAUAAAGUCACGACCUGAUUGAACAGCUUUUAUGACGUAUAUUUUACGAUGUAACUUGCCGAACAUCCAAAACACUGCUGGCUGUUGGGCGAAAUGUGCUCGUUGGAUGUAUAUAUGUAUAUAUGGUGGUAUUUUUACCAGAUGAGAACAAACAAAGAGUUAAUAAAAUGUGUAAAUGAGUCAAAACAGCAUCAGAAAUUGCUCCAUUGCACACACAAAUGAAAAUAUGCUGCAAGGACGGCUGACGGCGGUUUUGACGGCUGUACCGAACUGUAAUGGGCAACAUAGCUCCUGUGAAGAGAAGAACCAGGUAUGUUUGAGGUCAGUAUUAAAGGCAAAUUACUUCCUGUUUUUGGUCCGUUUAAACGUCUUUGGUCCAUGCUGCAUUCACAUAUCAAUCGAACCGCACCAGAGUUUGUUCAGUAGUGGACUGAGACCCACUAUUCAGGCGGUCUCGGUCCGCUUGUUUGGUGCACACCAAGGUCUGGAUGGCAGCAUUCACACUUGUUCAAAUGAAACACUAUGAGAGAGAGUGUCGCACCAGAGUUCCUUUUAAUCGAACCAAACCUGCCAAGUGUGAACACACCCUAAGUUUUGUGUUCCCUCACAAUAGUUUCCGUUCCCUUGCAAUAAGUGUUGCGUUCCCUCGCAAUUAGUGUUGCGUUCACUCACAAUAUUUUCCGUUCCCCUCAAUAGUUUCCGUUCCCUUGCAAUAAGUGUUGUGUUCCCUCACAAUAGUUUCCGUUCCCUUGCAAUAAUGUUGCGUUCCCUCGCAAUAAGUGUUGCAUUCCCUCGCAAUUAGUGUUGCGUUCCCUCGCAAUAGUUUCCGUUCCCUUGCAAUAAGUGUUGCGUUCACUCACAAUAGUUUCCGUUCCCCCGCAAUAGUUUCCGUUCCCUUGCAAUAAGUGUUGCGUUCCCUCGCAAUAGUUUCCGUUCCCUUGCAAUAAGUGUUGCGUUCCCUCGCAAUAAGUUUUGCGUUCCCUCGCAAUUAGUGUUGCGUUCCCUCGCAAUAGUUUCCGUUCCCCCACAAUAGUUUCCGUUCCCCCGCAAUAGUUUCCGUUCCCUUGCAACAAGUGUUGCGUUCCCUCGCAAUCAGUGUUGCGUUCCUGCGCAAUCAGUGUUGCGUUCCCUCGCAAUAGUUUCCGUUCCCUAGGCAAAAAGUGUUGCGUUCCCUCACAAUAGUUUCCGUUCCCCCGCAAUAGUUUCCGUUCCCUUGCAAUAAAUGUUGCAUUCACUCACAAUAGUUUCCGUUCCCCCACAAUCAACACAUUCUCACACCCCAACUCGUCACAUACGGACGCUCGGGCAGGACCCCAUGGCGUCGCUUAUCGAUGCGCCGGGUGUACAUUUGGCGUCGUUUUACGACGCGUCCGGUUUCGAAACAUAAAAAAACGGUUGGAGGGCCAUUGUAGCGUAUUCCUUUUGAUUUUUAUUGAUCGCGGUGUCGACUCUCGACCCGUUCGCGGCGUGAGCUUACCCGAGACGUGACAUUUCAACGCCGCAUGCUCCGGUUCAGAGAUACGUAGAACGUGACGUGUCCGGGGUUUUAAACAUCAAAAAACAGUUGGAGGGCCAUUGCAGCCUAUUCCUUUUGAUUGUUAUUGAUCACGGUCUCGACUGUCCACCCGUUCGCGGCGUGAGCUUACCCGAGACGUGACAUUUCAACGCUGCACGCUCCGGUUCGCGCAGAUACAUGGAAGUCUAUGGGACCGCCCUGCGCGUCGAAAAAUGACGCCAAAGGUGUACCCGGCGCGUCAAUAUGCAACGAAACCGCCCGAAGCGUCCGUAUGUGACGAGUCGGGGUGAGAACGUGUUGGCACAAUAGUUUCCGUUCCCCCGCAAUAGUUUCCGUUCCCUUGCAAUAAGUGUUGCAUUCCCCCGCAAUAGUUUCCGUUCCCUUGCAAUAAGUGUUGCGUUCACUCACAAUAGUUUCCGUUCCCCCACAAUAGUUUCCGUUCCCUUGCAAUAAGUGUUGCGUUCCCCCGCAAUAGUUUCCGUUCCCUUGCAAUAAGUGUUGCGUUCCCUCGCAAUAAGUGUUGCGUUCCCUCGCAAUUAGUGUUGCGUUCCCUCACAAUAGUUUCCGUUCCCUUGCAAUAAGUGUUGCAUUCACUCACAAUAGUUUCCGUUCCCUUGCAAUAAGUGUUGCAUUCACUCACAAUAGUUUCCUUUCCCCCACAAUAGUUUCCGUUCCCCUGCAAUAGUUUCCGUUCCCUUGCAAUAAGUGUUGCGUUCCCUCGCAAUAGUUUCCGUUCCCUUGCAAUAAGUGUUGCGUUCCCCCGCAAUAGUUUCCGUUCCCUUGCAAUAAGUGUUGCGUUCCCCCGCAAUAGUUUCCGUUCCCUUGCAAUAAGUGUUGCGUUCCCUCACAAUAGUUUCCGUUCCCUUGCAAUAAGUGUUGCGUUCCCUCGCAAUUAGUGUUGCGUUCCCCCGCAAUAGUUUCCGUUCUCUUGCAAUAAGUGUUGCAUUCACUCACAAUAGUUUCCGUUCCCCCACAAUAGUUUCCGUUCCCCUGCAAUAAGUGUUGCGUUCCCCCGCAAUAGUUUCCGUUCUCUUGCAAUAAGUGUUGCAUUCACUCACAAUAGUUUCCGUUCCCCCACAAUAGUUUCCGUUCCCUUGCAAUAAGUGUUGCGUUCCCUCGCAAUUAGUGUUGCGUUCCCCCGCAAUAGUUUCCGUUCUCUUGCAAUAAGUGUUGCAUUCACUCACAAUAGUUUCCGUUCCCCCACAAUAGUUUCCGUUCCCCUGCAAUAGUUUCCGUUCCCUUGCAAUAAGUGUUGCGUUCCCUCGCAAUAGUUUCCGUUCCCUUGCAAUAAGUGUUGCGUUCCCUCACAAUAGUUUCCGUUCCCUUUCAAUAAGUGUUGCGUUCCCUCACAAUAGUUUCCAUUCCCUUGCAAUAAGUGUUGCGUUCCCUUGCAAUAAGUGUUGCGUUCCCUCGCAAUAGUUUCUGUUCCCUUGCAAUAAGUGUUGCGUUCCCUCCCUUUUAGCUUUAUUAACCCCUUACGAAAAUGUACCACGGUUUUACUAAAUUGUUUUAAUAUAGUUCAAGUAUGGUACUUUUUUGUUAAACAAUAACCACAGUUUUACUCUAGUAAUAACAUGGUUAAUUUGUGGUACGAGUACCAUGGGUUUUAAAAACCCUGGUUUCCACCAAAAAUACAUGCUCCAAUGACACUUAACCAUAUUCACUAUAGUAAAACUGCAGUAAUCAUGACUGUUGUAAAACAUUUUAUUGGAAGAACCAUGAUUUUAAAAGUGUAACACAAAUUAACCAAUGUGUUUCUAUAGCAUAAUUAACAUGUUUUUUGGCAGAAAGAUUAUGAUUUAAUUACCAUAGUUUUGGUUUUCCUGUAUUACUAUGGUUUACCAAAUAUAAUUGUUAAAAUACUAUAUUUUUACUGUAGUGGUAAAUUUUAUGGUUAUGGUUUUACUGCGCAUACCAUAGUUAACCUAUAGCUAACAUAGUAAAUUCAUGGUUAAUUUUCGUAAGGGAUGAAUAAAGCAAUUACUAGGGAAUGCACAACUUUGUGUGAGAAACUAUGUCAGAAAAUAAAUUCUUUGCCUGUCCUCUUAAAGUGCUUCAUAUGAUUCUCUGUAUCAUAACAUUUCGUUUUUUGUAAAAUAAUGAUUUUGUUAAAAUCAGACAAAAUUAAGGCAGCACUACAAAUGAAACCCCCAUGAUAUACCGUAUAAAUACUUAACAAUGUAAAUACUUUAACUAUUUUUGUGUUACAUUAAUGGGAAUUGGGGAGGAAUAAAAAAUUAUGUUACAAAAAUAUGCUUAAGUAUAAUAUUGUAUGUCCUUAUGGAAAUUUAAAAACGACCCAGACACAUUCUUGACAUGACUUGACCACUGCUGGAUAGUGAGAAAUUAUUUGUCUUGUAGCUCACUUUGCCAAAAACAAUGAAUGUAAAAUGAAUGUAUUUUUAACUUUUAUUUUAAUUGUAAUUUUUUUUUUUUGCAGUAAAAGUAAAGAUGUCUUUCUCUUUUCUCUUGGUUUGCACAAAAAUAUUUUGAAUCAGAGUUUUUGCAUAUUAACUGGAAAGUGACAUUCAAUAAAAUAAUACCAGACGUCCUCACGUGGUUAUCAGAGCCUCUUAGAAAUGCCACAUGUUGUUUAAUGUCUUUAUAUGUGAAGUUCUGGCUGAAUUAAACAAUACGACUAUAGAUCUAGUCCAUAGUAUUGAGCAGGAAAUUCAAAAACAAGCUUUUGACAUAUAUUUCAUUUAGCUUCAUACCAAAUUCUGCUUAUGUUAUCCAGGGCCAGAUUUUGAGGAUAAAAUGUGUGAUCAGAUGUUUGGUGAUUGA